GAACAGAACAUGCAUUUAGAAUAUGAGCAAGAAUAUGAGCAAGAAGACGAUCACGAGAGCUGGACGUUCACGGUUUCCUAAAAUUAAUUUUCAAGGAUAAGAAAAGGAAGAGUCGAGUACUGGGGUCUACCCAAAGAAUAACCCUCGCAGCAGAGGAGAGAACCAGAUUAAUGGUCAGCGACUGAACAUUAAUUUCUCAACAACAUUCUCAGUAUGGCAUCAAAUAUGCAGGCAAAACUAAUAGAAGUUCUCUGUGAAAAUGAAUAUUGUGUCGAAAAACUUAAGAAUUGGAUUAAUGGAAAUAAAGAGAUGAAAGAUACAAGUUUAGUUGCUUCAAAUUGCAAGGUGGAUGUCAGGAAGUUCCUUGAGAAUCUACCAGAAGUUGAAAUUAUAAGGAUUCUUGAGAGCCUGGUUAAAGAGGGAGAAGUAUGGAAUGUUUCUCCUCAAGAUUCAGAAAACCAUGAUGCUGGUAGAGGUCAUCAUGGUCAUAGCAAUUUAAAAGAUGUAUCAAUGGAAGAAAAAGAAGUACAAGAUCAACCAGUGGCUGCAGUAGAGUCUCAUGCAAAAAUUGCUUGUCCUGAAGAUUUAGGGAGCCAAGAUGCUACAGAUAGAAGUCAUCAUGGACAUAGCAGCUUAAGAGAUGUGUCGAAAGAAAAAGAAGUAGGAGAGUAUUUUGCUAACCAACAUCAACCAGCUGCUACUGAUACAGGUUAUGAUGCAAGCGAGGGUCAAGCCAAACACAAACAACACAGAGAUAGACAGCCUUGGGAAUUUCCACCGGGGGAAAUACAAGCUUUGACUCAGCGAAAGGACUCCGAAAAUCAUGGAUUACCUUUAGAAUCAGCUUUUAACAACGAAAAUAAGGAUUCUGAAUCUGAUAACACUACAUCUAGUUCAGAGAGUAUCAUUCGAUUAGAUGAAGAGUCAUUUGAUUCCAAGGGUACAAGUGUUGAUAGCGGUACCAAUGAUAGGCAACUAGGCUCAACAACACCCAUAGAGGCAUGUGCAGAUGAUAACAGGAAAAUCUUACGUGCCAGUGAACAUGAUCAGACACUAGAGCCAGGAUCUAGAUUUUGUCAUUCAGAGCUACAUAAUGCUUGCAGAAGGUCUCGUGUUCAAGAUGUACAAGCUCAGUUGCCAGAACAACCAAACCUGCAGAAUCUGCAUGUUUUUGAAUUACUUGUUCCCCAGCUGGUAGAAACUGUGUGUAAUAAUUCAAAGGUGGCUUUGGCACAAGCAAACAGAGAGACUCAGAAUGUUGAUAUCCAAGGGACAUCAUGCUCCAAAUGUAAUGCCCUACAAGAAGAAAUUGAUCAAUUAGAAGAGGAAGUAGUGACUUUAAAUGAGAAGUCUGAACAAAUGCAAGAGCAGAGUGCUGAACAUGAAGAGUCUUUGAGUAACCAAGAUUAUGAAAUCAGAAUUCUCAAGCAACAGAAUCAGCAGCUUUUAAUCCAUUCAGAUGUGAUAUAA